CUGGGACCUACACACAAGGGAAACACUGGAAUGGGCGAAUUACCAGGACCUGUAACAGAAAAGCUACAAAUUUCUCCCAAAUUGGAUUCGGAACAUCCUGGAACGGCUCACGCUCCCGCCACCAGAUAUUACACAGCCCUGCUCACGGGAGACCUGAGAAACCUCCAGGUCCUGACUGACCGGUAUUAUCAAGAUGUCAACUUGGUUUUUGAGAUCAAUAAAAACGAGUUGGAGUGGCAGGUGAAAAGCCAAGCGUCUUAUGGACUCUCAGGGCUGUGGUCUCUGGAGUACAAGCAGGAGCUGACCACCCCACUGUGCCCCGCCGCCCGCCAAGGUCACACCGCCUGCCUCCGCCACCUCCUCCUUCGAGGGGCCAACCCGGACCUGGCACCAGGAGGGCAAGGACCCCUGCACGAAGCCUGCCUGGGGGGUCACACCGACUGCGUGGAGCUGCUGCUGGAGCACAAGGCUGAUCCCAACCUGAGGAGCGACGAGGGUCUGGCCCCGCUGCACCUCUGCACCACCCAAGACUCCCUGGG